UCAGUUCAAUCAACGACGAGAACAGUUGUACAUCGACUGCCGAAGUAUACGUACCGUUAUAUCUGUAUAAUAAAUUAAAAGGAAAAGGAUAACGAAGAAAAAAUCGUAAAUCAAAGAAGAUUUGUGUAAUCUGUGCAACCAACAUCACUCGAUAACUAUGCAAUCUUCGUCGAAUGGUGAGCUGGUGCCACCAGGAGCUUUUGUUGGCGGACGCGACUGUGAUGGCACUCCCAUCUAUGUGGGGCGUUCAAUCCACAGAGAUGAUCAUCUACCGGCCAAAGUGAUACCCAGCAAAGGUUGCGCUUAUGUCUGCUGGCGCGGUAAAGAAAUCCCGAAAACAGAAUAUGAAGUGCUGGUUGGUAAUGGCUAUGAAUGGGUAACUUCCUCCGGUGGUUCGGUGCCACCCAACGCUGUACUCGGCGGUAUCACAUGCCAUGGUGAGCGAUUAUACAUAGGUCGUGUCGCUUACCGCAACAGUUUAACCAUUGGUAAAAUACAUCCAUCACAUGGCUGUUUGUAUAUACCGUUUGCUGGUAAAGAAUUGAAUUUUCAUUCAUAUGAAGUGCUGAUCGGGAAGGAUCGCUCCGUGUGUGGUUUCCCUUUUAAGAAGGUAUCUGAAUCUUGCUCUGUGAGCAUAGAAGAGUGCAUACCACGGUACGCACCGAGGUCAAUCUCUAUAAAGAUAAAGUUUUAGACAUUGGUUUACAUCAAUGGUCAGCUUGAGGGAAACUGGGAUAGUAUGAGUGAGCACAAAUAUAAGGACACCAACUGAGGACUAGGUAACCUUACAAUUUGGCAACAUUUUAUUCUAUCGUGAAAACUUCAAUUCUGUACUUUUUUAUUGAUUUUAAAUAUGUAUAUAACGAUUACAAGAAGUAUUUUGGAUCCAAUAGACCUUAACUUUAUUGGACUUAAAUAACCUAUAACAAAAUAAUAAACUUUAUAUGCAAUUUAUUAAAGA